AUGGCAAAGCAGGGUGACAGCACUGAGGACGAAACAGGCGGGAUUGAAGAGAGCCUGGACCCACUGGAUGAGAGCAACGGCACUGUGACCGACGACGAGGCAGAAGAAGAAGUCGACGAUGCUGUUGCUGAUGACAUUGAACACUUCGAAGCAUCUUUCAAAAACAUCACACAGCGUUACCGCCUCAUCAAUCGCAUUGGGGAAGGCACGUUCUCUACUGUUUACAAGGCUGAAGACUUACUCUACGACCAUUACGACAACAGCUGGGACUCCGCAGCCAACAAGGAGAACUUCAAUGGAACAGGGUUAAGUGCCAAACAGAAGUCUCAGGGCGUGCAAAGGCCUCGGUAUGUGGCGAUCAAGAAGAUCUAUGUAACCUCGUCCCCUUUACGCAUCUUGAACGAACUGGAACUAUUACACGACCUUCGGAACUCAGCCAAUGUGUGCCCGCUGAUCACGUCGUUUCGUCAUCUGGAUCAGGUCAUCGCGAUAUUACCGUUCUUCCCGCACAAGGAUUUCCGGGAGUACUACCGCGACAUGAGCAUUGACGACAUACGGGUCUACCUCCAGAGCCUCUUCACAGCAUUAGCGUCCGUCCACGAUGCUGGAAUCAUACAUCGUGACAUCAAGCCAACCAACUUUCUUUACUCACCGCAAAAGCAGUGUGGCGUGCUUGUCGACUUUGGUCUGGCAGAAAGGGAAGGCACGGACUACCACCACUGCACUUGCUGUUAUGAGCCACCCGAUCGAGACCGCAAGAUUAAGAACUCGGUCUACACCACGACUCUCAAUGCUGCUACAGCCGCAGGUCAGCAACCACCCAGACCAACAUAUCCAAACAACGACCAGCGCUCCUCACGACGUGCAAAUCGUGCAGGUACCCGUGGGUUCCGAGCCCCAGAGGUCCUCCUCAAAUGCACCGCCCAAACCUGUCUCAUCGACGUCUGGUCCGUCGGUAUAAUCCUCCUAACCUUACUAAGCAAACGCUUUCCCUUCUUCCACUCCGCAGACGAUAUCGACGCUUUCAUCGAGCUCUGCACCAUCUUCGGGAAGAAGAAGAUGCGCGAGAUCGCCACCUUGCAUGGCCAGGUUCUGCAAACCAAUCUGCCUUCUCUGACGGAAGCGGGUCAUACCUGGGAGAAAAUCCUCCUCUGGUGCACCAAUCGUAACAAGAAAGGUGCUGAUGGGGAGGGUGGAAUGACAGGGGAGGAGAUGAAGGCGAUCGAGUUUAUGAAGGGUUGUUUGGAGCUUGAUCCGGCGAGAAGGAUGAUGGCGGAGGAAGCGCUUAAGCAUCCUUUCCUUACUGGCAUCAGUGAAGAAGCCGGUAGCGCGGAUGGUAAUGAUAUGGUGAAUUGA